GCACACACUAAUAUGCAUUUUUUUCCCCAUAUUUAAAGGCUCUGCAUAUGGUCAUCCUUAAUCUGAAGUGGCUGUACAGCAUUUACUGCAUGCAGCUUCUGCCGAUCUCAGGGUUGGUUCUUGCUCUUAGCAGAGCAGAGCUAUUGUGAAGGAAAUUGUGAGUUUGUGAAUACAGGACGUACCGCCCCCCACCUACUUUCAACUAUUAAUGUCAAUGCGGAGUUAUAUGGAGCCCCAUUGUUAAACCAUUUGAGGGGCGCAUGGCGAUGCGGUACGGAGAUGAUUUGGCCUCUCUCUGCAUGCCUCCAGAGUCACAUCCUCCAUAUGAAGCCUCCGACCACAUUCGCCGAUCAAGCAUAAAUGGUAUUUUAGCUUACAUGUUCGCUAGAAGCACAACUCUACACGAUUUAAACCGCAUGUGAGAGUCCAUAAACUACACAACUCACGUCUUCUCUUUAGAUGACAUAGGACGUGUAGGUAUGGUGUUGAAAUGGAUGGGUUACAGGUCUGAAGGCCUUUUAGGUCGCAGCUGGGUCUUAUUGGCUAGACCCUUGUUCAAAUCUCAUCAUGGACAACUUUAGCAUUUAGGCAACUUUGCAACUACUUACUACUUUUUUAGCUACUUUGUAACUACUUGGGAUGUUAGCUAAAAUAUGCUGCAUGGUCAAUCUGAUGUCUGUGAUACGGCAUCUGCAGAAGUCAAGGCAUUCAUACUUAUUGGGCUUCGCGGAGCAGCACAGAGCAGUUGAGCAGAGAUGUUGUGAAGGACGUUGUCAAGGAAGCAGCUGAGAUGCUCUCAGAAGGUGAGCUGAAGGACUUUGCCCAGGGCCAGUCCCUGUGCCGUGUUCUCCAGCCCUGGUGGGAUGUCUUCAGCCACUACCUAUCCAUCAUGAUGUUCUCAAUCGGAACCCUCGGAGGAACUCUGCAGGUCACCCUCCGCAAGAUCGUCUGCGUCCCCUGUCAGAUGACAUCAGAUGACUUCUGUGUGGUUUUUAACCUUAGAGGCACCACAUUAAGGAAUGCCACUACUGAAGCCAGCUUCCCUCUCCUCCCCAAGGGCCUUUACAAGCUAGAUCUUCAGCAGUAUGCUUACGUUGACGCCGUGUGCUACGAAAAACAACUCCACUGGUUCGCCAAGUUCUUCCCCUACAUCGUGAUGCUAGAGACUCUGGCUCUUGUGAUUAUAAGUAACUUGUGGUUCAAGUACCCAAGCACCAGCUCCAGACUCAUGCACUUUGUCUCCAUUCUACACAAAUGCUGUGACUCUCCCUGGACCACCCGGGCCUUGUCCGAGACAGUGGCAGAGCAGGUUGGGGCCCAGCCCUCAAUGAGCAUGUGCAGUCCUGCUCUCCAGGCCUCUUCAACAUCAGACUGUAGAAGCAGAAGGCCGAUGGGGACAGAGUUUCUUAGCGUUUUAGACAAAAAGGAAGGUGAGCAGGCCAAAGCUAUCUUUGAGAAGGUGAAGAAAUUGAAAGUACACGUGGAGGACAAAGACAUCAUUUAUCACUUGUAUAUGAGGCAGAUAGUCACCAAGAUUGUGUUUCUGCUGUUCACCUUGGCCUAUAUCCCUUACGCAGCCUCACAUAUCCUGUUUGACGUUGACUGUGUGGUAGAUUCCCAAGCGGCGCUGAUGCCGUUUCAGCCCUUUCACUGUGUUCACUCACUGGCCACCAUUUUCUGGCUCCUCUCCUUGGUUUACACAGUACUGAUGGUCAUUUACAGCUUGACUUGCUUCUACAGCUUCUGGUGGAUGAUGAGAAACUCUCUCAGGGAGUACUCCUUUGACUCAGUGAGGGAGGAGAGCAGCUAUAGCGACAUCCCCGAUGUCAAGAAUGACUUCGCCUUCAUCCUCCACCUCCUGGACCAGUAUAACCCUCUGUUCUCUAAACGCUUUGCAGUCUUCCUCUCAGAGGUCAGUGAGAAGAAACUGAGGCAGCUCAACCUGAACUACAUGUGGCCUUUGGAGAAGCUGACCCAGAAGGUGAUGCGUAACGCUCAGGACCAGAUAGAGCUCCAUCUCAUGCUCCUCAGCGGCAUCCCAGAGGCCGUGUUCGAUAUCAGGGAGCUAGAGGUGCUCAAGCUGCAGCUGAUACCGGAUCCUAGGCUCACGCAGAAGCUUACGCAGCUUGGGAACCUGAGAGAGAUCUGGCUGGAUCAUUCUCCUGCCACCGUAGACCUCAUGGCUCUGGGGUUUCUCUCUGAGAACCUGAGGAUCCUGAGGAUGAAGUUCACAGAGGUGGAACAGGCUCCCUGGUGGGUUUUCAGUUUGCGUAACCUGACUGAGCUCUAUCUGUAUGGAGAUAUGUUCAAUCGGGACACGACGUUCGUCAACAGCCUACCCAAACUCAAGAAUCUGAAGGUGUUAUUCAUCAAGUGCACCAUCACCGCCAUGCCGAAAGCGAUUACCAACUCAAUACCCUCGAUACAGAAGCUUUCCGUCGACAACGAAGGCACCCAACUCUCUGUCCUGCAGAGUCUGAAAAUGAUGUCACAGCUCACCUGCUUGGAGCUACCGAACUGUGAUCUCCAGCGGAUACCGAGUCCUAUCUUCAGCCUGAAGAACCUGCAAGAAAUAGACCUCAAAGGGAACAACCUCAAAACCAUUGAGGAGAUCGUCAGUUUCCAGCACCUUCCCAAGCUCUCUGUCCUGAAGCUGAAGUACAACAGUAUCACUGACAUCCCUGUCCACGUCGGCGUGCUGGGAAACCUGGAGCAGCUUCAUCUGGGUCAUAACCUCAUCAGCUGCAUGCCACCGCAGCUGUUCCUGUGCAGCAGACUCUGUCUGCUAGACCUCAGUCACAACAAGCUGUCUGCCAUUCCUAUUGAAAUACAGGAACUGAAGAGACUGCAGCUCCUCAAUGUGUCUAACAAUAAUAUUGACCAUCUCCCAGAAGGUAUGUUCCAGUGUAAGACCCUCCAGUCCCUACUGCUAGGUCACAACAACCUGUCAGUGGUCCCCCAACAGGUGGGUGAGUUGACCAACCUGGUGGUGUUGGACCUGAGAGGGAACCAGCUGGAGAGCCUUCCUGCCGAGCUGGAGGAGUGCCACAGCCUGAUGCCUAGUGGACUGCUGGUAGAGGAGGGGCUGCUCAACUCUCUGCCCCCCAGUGUCAAGGAGGGCUUCCAGGGGCCUGAUAAGGAGUACCUGGGGAAAAUGGAGGCUGAAGGAGUGGGGAAUGCUCUCACCUGUAACCCCAUUAUCUGUAAUACAGCAGGACAUGGAGAUACGGCCUGCAGCGUGAUAUACUCCAUGUGAUGGGGCUAUCCCAAGUGAACCUCUUACCUCAGUGGCUUUAAACCUGGUGUAUUAGUAGACCUGUGUGUAACGGAUGUGAAACGGCUAGCUUAGUUAGCGGUGUUCUGUUCGCGUUGAAUAGCGUUUCAAUCGGUGACGUCACUCGCUCCGAGACCUUGAAGUAGUGGUUCCCCUUGCUCUGCAAGGGCCGCGGCUUUUGUGGAGCGAUGGGUAACGAUGCUUCGUGGGUGACUGUUGUUG